AUGUAUACAACAGACAACAUCAACCACCAACACUACCAUAUCCACGUAUACAACAGACAACAUCAACCACCAACACUACCAUAUCCAUGUAUACAACAGACAACAUCAACCACCAACACUACCAUAUCCAUGUAUACAACAGACAACAUCAACCACCAACACUACCAUAUCCACGUAUACAACAGACAACAUCAACCACCAACACUACCAUAUCCACUUAAUACAACAGACAACACCAACCACCAACACUACCAUAUCCAUGUAUACAACAGACAACAUCAACCACCAACACUACCAUAUCCAUGUAUACAACAGACAACAUCAACCACCAGCACUACCAUAUCCAUGUAUACAACAGACAACAUCAACCACCAACACUACCAUAUCCACUUAUACAACAGACAACAUCAACCACCAACACUAUUAUACCCACUUAUACAACAGACAACAUCAAACACCAACACUACCAUACCCACUUAUACAACAGACAAUAUCAAACACCAACACUACCAUAUCCACUUAUACAACAGACAUCAACCACCAACACCACUAUACUCACGUAUACAACAGACAACAUCAACCACCAACACUACCAUAUCCACUUAUACAACAGACAAUAUCAAACACCAAUACUACCAUAUCCACUUAUACAACAGACAACAUCAACCACCAACACUAUUAUACCCACUUAUACAACAGACAACAUCAAACACCAACACUACCAUACCCACUUAUACAACAGACAAUAUCAAACACCAACACUACCAUAUCCACUUAUACAACAGACAUCAACCACCAACACCACUAUACUCACGUAUGCAACAGACAACAUCAACCACCAACACUACCAUAUCCACUUAUACAACAGACAACAUCAACCACCAACACUACCAUAUCCACGUAUACAACAGACAACAUCAACCACCAACACUACCAUACCCACGUAUAAAACAGACAACAUCAACCACCAACACUACCAUACCUACGUAUACAACAGACAACACCAACCACCAACAGUACCAUAUCAAUGUAUACAACAGACAACAUCAACCACCGACACUACCAUACCCACUUAUAAAACAGACAACAUCAACCACCAACACUACCAUACCUACGUAUACAACAGACAACACCAACCACCAACAGUACCAUAUCAAUGUAUACAACAGACAACACCAACCACCAACACUACCAUAUCCAUGUAUACAACAGACAACAUCAACCACCAACACUACCAUAUCCACGUAUACAACAGACAACAUCAACCACCAACACUACCAUAUCCACUUAAUACAACAGACAACACCAACCACCAACACUACCAUAUCCAUAUUUACAACAGACAACAUCAACCACCAACACUACCAUAUCCAUGUAUACAACAGACAACACCAACCACCAACACUACCAUAUCCACUUAUACAACAGACAUCAACAACCAACACUACCAUAUCCACGUAUACAACAGACAACAUCAACCACCAACACUACCAUACCCACGUAUAA